AUGCCCAGUUCCACUUCAAAGAGUAAAUCAUCGAGCAAGAAACCAAACUUCUACACACACAGAGACCUAACAUCGGACUAUUACCAGGCAUUAAUCCAAAAAGGUCGUCCAAAAUGGUGCAAAAUAAUCUGGCUGAUCCUUACCUUCGCCCUACUGGGCACUACCGUCUACUUGAUAUACCGGCUGAUGAAGGAGUAUUUGGAGUAUAACUCCUUUAACAAGAUUUCAGUAAAGUGGGAGAAGACUGUACCACUUCCUGCCAUAACGGUUUGCAGCACUAACUUUAUAAACUACACGGACUUUCAGACGGAGAUCACUAAUGCAACUUUAACUAGCAAUCUGGGAGAUCUUUUGGUGAAAAUAGAUAAUUUCAAUGGGAAAGGCAGCAUUUUAGAGUACAUUGACAAAAGUUGGGUGAAUAAUCUUGAUGCCAAGUGGAAAGAUAAAGACGGUAAUGAUGUCAACAUAUUUGAGGAUUAUCAAUUUGAGCCGGCAUCCUUUCUUCUAGGAGACGGUGAUCAACAUUUCCACAUCAAAUUCGCGGGAGUCUGGCAAAAACUUGAUGUUGAAACCGUUGAACACGAUAACGGCACAAAAUCUGUAGGCAAGGAUGUUCAAUCUCAUCAAUUUGGCAAAUGCAUCGCUUUAAAUGAUAAUCAAUCAAUGGUUCAAGUUCUCGGCGGCCCGGAGGGAGGUCUAACAAUCGAUCUGAACGCUCGAGUAAGCGACUACUUACCAUCAACUAAAACUAGAGGCUUCAUGGUCUAUCUCAGAAGUCCCUAUGAAACUGUUCUUACCGAUGCAGGUGGAAUUUUAGUUUCUCCUGGUACAGAAACCUUUAUAAGCCUCUCCAAAACCAAGGUAAACAGGCUCCCACCAAAAUACGGUUCCUGUGAAAACGUAACAAGCGAAUUUGUUCCACAAAUCGCUAAGACAGUCCGGGAGUGCAUCCAAGAAGAAAAUCUAAGAUUAGCAGUUGAGGAAUGUAAUUGUGUUCCAUGGUAUCUAAAAGACAGGCUCACCGAGUUAAACCUCACCUCUUACAUGAACUACUGGUACGAGCUACAAAAGGAACACGCAGAUGAGGAAGUUGACACCAGCGAGGAGUGUGGUUUUGCUACUCAGUCACUCUGUAAUUCCCUGGUGCUAGCUAAGAUCGUUAAAACGAACGAGAGUACAUGUCCGGAACCCUGCUCUUUUCUGCAGUACGACUGGUCCCUGAAGCAGGGAAAGUUCCCGCCAACGGAAAAAUACUGGGAUUUACUGUUGAAAGAUUUGGUGUCUAUUGAAGAUGAGGCGAAGGAAAAGAAGUUCACAUUCGCUGAAGAAAACUAUGCUAGGAUACACAUAUAUUAUGAAGACAUCAAGGUGACUGAGAUGGAACAAGAGAAAGCGUACGAGAUAUUCAACUUUAUAGCUGAGUUCGGUGGUACCGUGGACAUGAUGAUUAGCUUUUCCUUCUUCACAGUAUUCCAGGUGUGUGAACUGUUGAUAGUUUGGUUUUGUUACAGAGGUGCUCGUGCUAUGGGUGAAGAAGAUUCUGAUGAUGGGGUCUUACGGGAUGAUCCUGAGUUAGGGAGCGAUAGAAGCAAACCUGAUGGCGUUUUCAGCAAGAUAUCAGGAGUUUUUAAAUGA